UUUAUCGCUGUCUCUUCCAGAGCAUUUAAUUUUGAUAACGAUUUCUGUGCUAUAAAAAACGAGAUGUCGCUGCAGAAUAGCAUUCAAAAUCAUUCGAAACUCUAAUCGAAAUGAAAGUCUUGAUUGUUUUAUUUUCGUUGGUGGCCUUGGCUCUGUGUAGGCCCCAGGGAUACGUAUUUUAUGGUGGGCAAAUGUGCACCAUGCACAACGGUCGCCAGGUUUGCGGAGAAACCCAGUGUUUUCAAUACGGCGGGAAGCCUAUAUGCCGCUUAUUCAACUACCGUUACGUGGAUGGACAGAAUGAUUAUCCACGACAACCUGAUUACCCACGACAACCUGAUUACCCACCGUCUCAUGGAGGAUCAUUCCCAGACAGGGGUGAUUCUGGAAGCAUUCCUGACUUUGGUGGCCCUGCCAGUAAAAAUACCACCCCAAAGCCAAGCACAAAACCCCAAAAAAGCUCUGAAUAUGAAGUUAUUGAAUUCAGUCCUAAUCAAGGAUAAUUUUAAUACAAUUAAUUGAAAAUUUGAUCAAAUAUAUGGUCUAAAUCGCGGACUGUUACGUUAUAUCCGUAGGCACAAAUGUUUAGUUUUAAUAUUUUUUGUAUUUGCAUUCAAAAUUCAACAACUGAUCAUAAAAGUAUAUACACAAAUCUACGUAAACUUUAACAUAA